CCCAUUCAGCGGUGCCUGCGUCUGUUGCUUUGGGUGAAAAAUAAUAAGCUGACUAGCCGAGGGGCAGGCAAGACAAAAGUAUCUGGGAGACAGACAGGUGUCGCGGAAGUUUACACUUGCAGAGGCGCAUCCCUCCGCGUCCUUUUGUCAUUAUCUGGGAUAACGUGAAAGAGACAGUAACUGGCGGUCAUCCGGCACCCACUGAUCCUGUGUAAGUGAUUCUCCACAUCAACUCACUGCGAAUAGGGUUGUCUCAGCCUCGGCCCCCAGAGCAGCGGUGUCUCUACUCGUCCUGUCCUCUUGGACCAGCAGCUCAGCGUGGCGAGGCCAGGAGCCAUGGGCCGGAAGCUGGACCUGUCGGGCCUGACGGACGACGAGGCGGAGCAUGUCUUGAAAGUGGUCCAGCGGGACAUGAAGCUGCGUAAGAAGGAGGAGGACAGGCUGAGUGAGAUGAAGCAGGAGCUGGCGGAGGAAGGCAGCAGAUGCUCCAUCCUCUCCAAGCAGCACCGCUUCAACGAGCACUGCUGCAUCCGCUGCUGCGCGCCCUUCACCUUCCUGCUCAACCCCAAGCGCCUGUGCCUGGACUGCCAGUACAACGUCUGCAAGACCUGCUGCACGUACAACAAGAGGGACCGAGCCUGGCUCUGCGCUGCAUGCCAGAAGGGCAGGGUUUUGAGGACGCAGUCGCUUGAAUGGUAUUAUAACAACGUGAAGAGUCGCUUCAAGAGGUUCGGCAGCGCCAAGGUGUUGAAGACUCUGUACAGAAAGCACAUUAUAGAGAGAGGAGUGCUCUCUGAUCUCCCAGAAAGCAGCAAUCACGAGGGAAGCACCGGCAACGACAAUGAUGGCAGCAUCUGUGGCAGCGACUCCGCCUUCUACAAACAGAGUGAAGGACACAGUAUGGCAGAGACGCUCACAGUCGCCCUGCGUGUUGCUGAGGAGGCUAUAGAGGAGGCCAUCGCCAAGGCAGAGGAGUUCAGUGACAGCUUGGAGAAGCAGAAUGAGGCUCGGUAUCUGCAGGACCACAAAGAGGAGCUCAUAGAGGAACUUGCCACAACAAUUGUACAAAAAAUCAUCCAGAGGAGGAAGCGUUCAGAGAUGCAGACAGAGUACGACUUUGUCUGGCCUCAGCCUCAGUCCCUGAUCCAGUCCGGUGAACUCUCCUCUCCGUCUCUGCCUCAAGCUUCUUCACACGGCCCACAGGACCCUCUCAAGACCUCCUACUCCCUCUGGCGGUCGCAGUCAGCGUUCUCCCUCACCAGUGACGACUCCCCGGACAAGGGUCCAGAGGAGGAGGGGGCCAGGGCGGGCGGUGCAUUGCAAGAGUACGCUUCUCUGAAGAGGGAGGGCAAGGCCACGUCUCUACCCAGCUGGAAGAGUGUCGACCGCCUGGACAACUCCAGUGCAUCCUCGGUGCUCCAGAGCCCAGACGGUAACUGGAUUGCUCUGCACAGCUCACAGCUGUCUCGGCCCAGCCUGCUGACCAAGAGGAAGAGCCUGGUGUUCAGCGUGCUGGAGAAGGAGUCUGGGGUCGUGUCCGCGUACGACGAGAUGGGAUCCGACUCCGAGCAGGAUGACGAAGGCGGCUGGAGUGCGGCGUUGAGACAGUUCCGGCGCAAACUGUCCGAUGAGACUUACUACACGGACUCUCAGCACGACCCGGAGUGGACGUACACGCAGCACCUUCCCAUCACCUCACCGUCCUCCGGCCAGUACACCAACACAGAGACUCUCAACUCGGACUCGGAGGCCUCAUCGGUGCUGUCCGCAUGUCCUCGCAAACCGCCCCACAACCUGCUGAAGAAGAAAGGACCUCCGGACGCACACCUGCACCCCAACCACCAGCCGCUCUACCACCAACACCUUCACCAGAACUUCUCUCCGUAUCCGCCCCACUCAGAGGCCCUGGAUGUCAACUUCAACCCGAAGGUGAUGGGAGACAGCAGCGAGGCUGAGGAGAGGCAGGUCGACCCGGUCAGAAGAUCCCGGCGACGCAGGAAAAGCAAGAGAGAGUCGACGACGGAGCAGAGCAAACCUGGAGGCCAGAGCCACACAGAGUCCAUCUACCCGCUGGCACAGGAGAACAGUGGUUUUCUGCUCAAUGCCAUUCUGAAGAGGGGUUUAAGUGAGGAGCAGUCAGCACCUGACACUGUGCCAAUAGCCACAGCUGCACCAGACAUCUUCAAAUCGGAUGCCAUGACACCCGAGCCGGAGGACUUGGACACGGUGGCCCCGAAUUCAGCAGCCCCCAGUCCAAAGCCCCACUCUCUGGCCCCGGUGUCCCAGCACUCGCCCGUUACCUCCGGGCCUGGAGACUCUCUGGAAGAGGAGCUGCGAUCCAGACUCAGCCAGCUGGUCAGCCGCGCCAACAGCAAAGACUGCAGCUCAUCUGAGGAGGAGAGCACCAAGAGGCCCGCCGACAAACAGGCAGAUAAAGAGAGUGACAAACAGAGAGAGAAGAUGAGGUCAAAAGACACUGAUAGGCAGAGGGGCAGUGACAGAUUGAGAGACGGUAAGGACAGAGAGAAGGCAAGUGAAACAGCGGAACAAGGGAAUACACGAGAGGUGAAAAGAAGUGAGAGACUAACAAAGAGUCCUUCAGUGAGAGAGGACGGGAGAGUUAGGGAGCAGAGGGUAGAGAUGGGAGUGGAGUGUGUGGAAGAGAAAGCAGACGAGCGGGAGCAACAGAGAGGAGACAAAAGAGAGCCGAGCAGACAAAGUAAGAGACAACAUAAGAGAGAUGUGGAUAAAGAAUCGGGACAGAGAGGAGGAGCACGGAGGAGUGGAUACAGCGCAAGUUCUCCUGCUAUUACACCUUCUUCCCAGGAGGGGGUGCUGCCAGACAACCAGCAGAAGUACUCGGCGGCCUCUCUCUGCAGCAUCACCACCGAGGUGCUGAAGGUUUUGAACGCCACAGAGGAGCUGAUUUGUGAAGCAGGAGGUGAGAGCUACACCCCAUCGGAGACUGUGAGUGCCUCUCCCAUCUCCAACAGCUCUGACUCCCGCCGGCUGGACCAGAGGCUCACCAAGAUGGAGGAGAACGUGUACCUGGCUGCAGGUGCUGUGUACGGUCUUGAGGGGGCGCUGGGGGACCUGGAGGAAUGUGCCCGCGGUAUUCAGAGUGGCACCACAGACACAGAGCUGUCCUUCCUGGAGGACCAGGUGGCCACUGCAGCCGCGCAGGUUCAGCACUCUGAAGUACAGAUUUCAAACAUCGAGGCCCGGAUAUCAGCGCUGAAGACAGCUGGGUUGAAUGUGACUGUCUGCAAUCAUUUCUCCAAGUUCAAGCCAAAGGCGAAGCCGCAAACUCUGGACUCAUCGCGCCAUCAAAGGAGGAAGCUCCCGGCCCCUCCACUGAAAGAAAAGUCCGAGCCAGAGCAGCAGGUGAAAGUGUUUCGGCCGUAGUGACAGUCAGCAGCACAACGAGUCCCUCAGGGCCAUCUCAGAGGCCCAGGGACGGGGCCCGUCUCAUCCAGUGCCUUGACCCAGUGUCCGCCUCCAGCUCCAGGCCAAGGUUAGGGGCCAACACCUGCCCUGUGUGAUCCAACAAGCACUCCGCCCUCAGCCAGGCACGGUACCCUGUCAGUCAAAUGCCUCACAGAAGAUGACUGGCUCUUUUCCACUUUAUCCUCCAUCUUUCGCCUCCUCACCACGCACAUAACAUCAAGCAAGGAUGACUCGACAGUCGGUGUCUCUGCCUUAAAAAUCUGCAAACACUCCUCAUGAUCCAACAGAAAAGAAUAUCUGUACAGACAAAAAAAUUACUAAUUUCCUUUUUCUAUCUGUUUGCAAGAGUAUUGUGAUUUACUGUACGAUGAAGACGUGGAAAAAUCAUGUAAAACUUUCUGUGAUUCAGUGUCCCGAAAAGAUGCUGAGCCGUGUUUUUUAUACUGCAUCUUCUUUCUCACCAAAUGAAAUGUCACGAGGAAUCUUAUCAUACUGUAAGCCCCUUCAUUUCCACACACAGCUGUCAGAUGGUAAUCCUCAUUGGGGAAUGAUUGUAACACCUUUAAUCAUUUUAAGAAUCCAUGCACUUAAAAUAAGUGCUGAGAUACGCAGAGUAUCAGGGCUAACGAUGCUCGGUGGCAACAAAGCACAUUUGAGAAAUAUUUAAUUCUUUGUUAACAGCCUCAAAUGAAACAGUUAAAGGAAUAGUUUUGGGAAAUAUUUGCUUUUUUAGACAAGAUUUACAGCAGAAGAUCAAUAUCACUGUAAUGUCUGUUCAGUACAUAUGUAGCCUGUUAGCUUAGCUUAGCAUAAAGGCUGCAAACAGGAGGAAAACAGCUAGCUUCACUCUGUUCAAAAAUGUACAAAGAUUAGCCAAGCAGCACUUCUAAAGCUCACUGGAAAAAAUAUAUAUAUAUAUAUAUAUAUAUAUAUAUAUAUAUAUAUCAGUCUUUAAGCUAAGCUAAGCUAAGCUAGCCUACAUUAGCUUCGUAUCUAGUGUAGGCUACAGGCAGAAGACUAUUUCCCAUAAUGUCUUACUAUUCCUUAAAUAAAUGCUAACUGUAAAGAUUUACUGGGGAAGGGCUCUCCCAUUUAUAUAGAACAACACACACACACACACACACACACACACACACACACACACACACACACACACACACACACACACACACACAGCCUUAAUGUAAAAGCUGUGGGCGUUUACAUUGAAACAAGUCAAAAUAAGGUUUGAAUAAUGUCUGUCAGACAAACUCAGCUCAGGUCUGACCUUCAGGUUCAGUCGGACAACCUUCCCCGCGCAGUAUUCUUCAACCCAAAGUCAUUUCUUCGUUUACUUUCAAACGUUGUGGCCUUUUUAUUUGAACAAAAAGGUAUUUUCAUGUUUCCCCUUUGCUGGAUCAUGGCCACACUUUUGUGUUGCAUUCAUUAAAUCUUGCAAAGAUUUUUUUACAUAAUGAAGUCUGAUGGGCUAUAAAACAAAUGCCAUGGAACCAUGAUUUUGUUACAAGCAAUUUAUUUUUGUACUUACUGAACGUUUUUAUGCAAUACUACUGAAAUAAGUUCUAUUGCACAUUAAGGCUUUAUUCUCCCUCCUCAGUCAGUGCUAUCACACUCUCUCAUGCGACUCAAAGUGCUUUCAGUGUACGCCUGUAUUUACCAUUUGAUAUUCUGCCAGUAAGGAUGAUGGUAAAUGUUACAAAAACACGGGUGUCAACAGGCAUUUUGGAGCGGCUAGUACGAUUCAUGCUGUAUUUGUACUCCUUAAACAUUAGAUUUGCGAAUACUGCCUUUCAUUUUUGGUUGACCUACAUUAGUUCUCAGUUAGUUGCAUACGGUUGUCAAAGUUUCUGCUACGGCUUGAGAGCAGUGUUGGAUUUGCUUGAAGUAAAAGGUGUGAAGAUCUCCAGUAUGAAUGCUCGGCCCCUUCUAUUAGUGACCUUUUCAUCCCAGCCUUUCACAUCUCGGGUUUUGCACAUUGAUCCUGUACUUUUGUCAAUCUUGUUCUCCAGAAGUGUCGAUGUAUAAAAAGCAUGUUUCUGGUUUUAUCGAAAUUGAUGUAAAAAUGUCCCAUAAGAAGCACAGCCACAAGGGUCCAAUCAUCAGUGUCCUGUAUUUUUCUAAUGUAAAAAAUAAUAUUAUCUCAUCACAGAAUUUAUUAAUAUAUAUAUAUGUGUGAAAAGAUGGAUAUGAUAUAGAAUAAUAUGUGUAUUACCCAAUCAUAGUUGACCAAUCUUUCAGUGUUGUGUGCAAGAGACGGUGUAUAAUUGUCAUGAAGUCUACUUUACUGCUGGAACUGAGAUUCACACUGAAACCAGAUCUCACUCCUGUUCCUGUUUAAGUCCGGUGUGAAUGACUUCGUGAGGUUCGCUGUGCACCGCUCCACAGGCGUUCACUUUAAUGUGCAAUCGUUCGUUGCGCUCCAUAUGACAUGUUGGGGAAAAUAUUAACAAGCAAAAAAUACAGAUUCUCGAUGUGCCACAGUACUCUGAGACAGAGAUGUAUUAUGACAUGAAUAAAAUUUGCAAACUUAAAAAGCUUUUUCUUUGGAAAGGAAAUGUUUGUUGUGCACCUCAAAUGCAGGAAGGAUGUCACAUCGAUAACCAUCGUUAAUAAAGGAGUUUAUUGAUAGUUAAUUAAAUUAUAAUUAAUUCUGUUUACUAAUUAUUAGUAACGUUUUUUUAU